GUCAGGAGAUUCUAGGCUUCUGGAGAUACUUCAAACUGUGGAGAAGCCUUGGGAAAAGCUCCCUGCUGCCCAGAAAGCUUCCCGUGGCCUGUGCUUCUCUGGAGGUCUUCAGAGACUUUUCCACUGGCCUUGGGUCUGAGGACUAUGCUGGCACACAGAGGGUGGUGACCUUGCAGGUCUCUGGUGCCUCUGAGAGCUUGCUGUGGAGGGGCCCCUGCCAUGUGUCCACUGACUGAGGAUAAAGUCACUGUCCUGGGCCGGUUCCUCUCAGUGUCUGCCCGGGGCUGGAAGAACAGGACACACACAGCAGCGCGCCGGCCCAGACCUGGAGCAGGAUUUGGAGUCCUCUGUUGCAAUAAGGACAUCAGCACCUCCUCUGACCCACUGGGGUCCCUGUGGACCAGAGGGAAAAGCCCUGGCUGGGAGGUGGUAACAGGAAAACGGCCAGGGCUGGAAAGCCCCUGCCCCUGCUGCCGGAAACGCCCACAUGGCCUGGGCCACAAAAGCUCUGUGUCCGGCCCGCCCUGCGCGGCUGCCUGGGGUCCUGCUAUUAAUCCGGUGGGGUCCAGGCUCCAGUGGGGUGGUGUGCUGUCUGAAGACUGCAUCAUGAACACGCUGUCGGAAGCCAAUGGCGCCUUUGCCAUCCGCCUUUUAAAGCUUCUUGGUCAGAAUGACCCUGAGCGCAAUGUCUUCUACUCUCCCUUGAGCGUCUCCUCAGCCUUGGCCAUGGUCCUGCUGGGGGCCAAGGGCAGCACGGCGGCUCAGAUUGUCCAGGCGCUGGCGUUAAACACCGAGGACGGCAUCCACCAGGGCUUCCAGUCACUCCUCACCCAAGUGCACAGGCCUGGAGCUCCGUUCUCCCUCAGCAUAGCCAACGGGCUCUUUGGAGAAAAGAGCUGCAAAUUCCUUUCAUCAUUUCAGGAGUCCUGUCUGCAGUUCUACCAAGCCAAGGUGAAGCAGCUGCCAUUUGCCAAAGCUCCUGAGAGGUCCAGGAAACACAUCAAUGCUUGGGUGUCCAAAAAGACUGAAGGCAAAAUUCACAAAUUGUUGGAAAAGAAUUCAAUUGAAGCGGACUGCAGGCUGGUUCUCAUUAACGCUGUGUACUUCAAAGGAAGGUGGGACAAACAGUUUCGAGAGUCUCUGACAAGGACAAUGCCUUUCAAAAUAAGCCAGAAGGAGCAGAGGCCGGUGCAGAUGAUGGUCCAGUCAGGCACGUUUCCUUUGGCCCACGUGAGCGAGGUGCAGGCCCGAGUGCUGGAGCUGCCCUACGAGGGCCAGGAGCUGAGCAUGGUCGUGGUGCUCCCGGACGAAGGCGUGGACCUCAGCACGGUGGAAAAAUCCCUCACGUUUGAGAAAUUCCAAAGCUGGACCAGUCCAGAGCACAUGAAGAGGACCGAAGUGGAAGUUUUCCUCCCGAGAUUUAAACUGCAGGAAGACUACCACAUGGACUCUAUGCUGCAGGGUCUGGGCGUGGUGGACGCCUUUCACUGGGACAAGGCUGACCUAUCUGGGAUGUUGGCUGACAGGGACCUGUGUGUGUCCAAUUUCACGCACAGGAGUGUGGUAGAAGUCAAUGAGGAAGGCACGGAGGCUGUGGCAGUGACAUGCACAGUCUUGGUUAUUGGGUGUUGUGAGGUUUCUGUGCCCUUGUUCUGUGCUGACCACCCCUUCCUGUUCUUCAUCAGGCACAACAGCACCAACAGCCUGCUGUUCUGUGGCAGGUUCUCGUCUCCAUGAGGGGUGCGCUCCCUGUGCAUGCAAGCAGUGCCCUCUGCGUCCCCAAACCCCAUGCAAGCUCCAUGAAGUUCACCAUUAGCGAACCCAAGUGCAGCCUAAGGGCAGACUGGCACACACCUGACCGUCUGUCAGCGUAGCGCACCGUGCACGUGCUCCUUUCUCCCCACCCUGCCUCUCACUUGACCAAGAUCCCGGGACAGCAGGCUGCCAUGUUGAACACAGGGUGCAGAACAGAUCUCGGCCCAAAGCCUGCACCAUUUUCCCUGCGACAGGGCCAUGUGCAGACAUGGGCUGCAAUCAAAUUCAAGCCUGCUAUUGACACACUGCAGGUCUGGGAUUGGCCCAGGGGGAAGGUAGAUCCACAGCUGUGAGGUCAGCAAUUCAACAAGGGACAUGGGAUCUCUUGAGCUGUUUGGGUGACAGCUAUGGCACCUCUUGAAAAGGGCCGGGCUGAACCUGGGAAUCGCCAGGAAGCCGAAUGUGGGCAGUGGCUAAAGCUGGAGAUAGAUCACACGUGGGAGGCAGGUCACAGACACAUGCUGUACCAGCUCUGAGAAUGACAGGUGCUCAGCCCAGCCAUACAGUUGCUAGAGGGGUUAAAAUUGACAUCAACCUCUUGAGAAUAUAAGUGAAUGCACUAUGGAGGUUGAGCAGCUCAUUUUCCUCUCAGCCUGAGGGCUCCACCUGACCUCAGCCUUCUUCUUCUUACCUUUAUUUCUCCAUCCUCGCACUGUCCUUUCCCCUGGGAACAUUGAGCUGCGCUGCAAGCAGCAUAUGAGGUGUGAACACGGGAAUGGGGUAAGAAGAAAUAGUGGGUGUGGGGACACUUCUCAGUAUGUGUGCAUAAGGGGGAGAAAUGCAUUGCUAGCAUCAACAUUAAUCCCAGAGGUGUAUUGAUUGUGAUACGAUCAGGUGUAAAACACAGGGCAAAAGAAAAGCAGUUUCCCUAGGGACAAAGAGAAAAAUAGGCUCAGGAUAAGCAAAAGGGAGAGGGUGUAUUGGUUUUUUGUUUUUUUUUUUUUUUUUGGUUUUUCUCCAGUACCGGGAACCACACUCACAACCUUGUGCUUGCCAGGCACACGCUUUGCCACUGAGCUAAAUCCCCAGCCCCUGGUGUAUUGGUUUUAUCAGGUGUUAAAAUAUGGGUCAAACAGUCUCAAGACUUUCUUUCACAUUUGUGAAAAUGUAUAUGGAACUGUUUGUUGUAUUCUUGAUUCCUGAAUUUACUUUACUUCUAUGGA